AUGCAUUCUGAUAAGACAACUAAUAUUGCUAUUCUACGAUCGAAUGUACGUGAUAAUCAAAAUGAGAAUGUUGUAUUGCUUAAAACGGGUUCAUUGAAUCCUGUCCAUCGUACUCACAUAUCAAAUUUAGUUCAAACGAAAGAAUAUUUAGAACGAGUUUAUUCUUUCAAUGUACUCGGUGGGUAUAUUUCACCGACGCAUGAUGAAUAUGUUCGUGGUAAAUUGCAGAAUGAAUUUAUCUCGUCCAAACAUCGAAUUGAAAUGUGUGAAAAAGCAAUUGAAGAAUCUGGACAAGAAUCGUGGUUGAGUGUAGAUAGAGCUGAAUGUAUGGCGAGCGGAUUUAUUGAUUUUGAACGUGUGUCUUGUAGUCUCUAUCAUUUUAUCAAUGAUAAACUUAAACUACCAAAAUCUGUACGUGUCAUUUAUGUGAGUGGUCUAGAUUUAUUUAAUAGAUGUAAUGGAAUUGAUUUGUUAAGAAAUUUGAAAAUGGGAGUAGCUGUUGUAUAUCGACCUGAACAACGAGAAACAUUAAUAAAACAGUUGGCAAUCCUAGAUAAAAAUGUAUUCUAUGUACCGAUUGACGACGAAACAAAAAAAACGUUAGUAGAUAUUAGUUCAACAUUAAUUCGAAAAAAUUUCAACAGUAACGAAGAGUGCGAACACUUGACGUACACAUCUGUUUUAAAUUAUUUGAGAUUAAUUAGAAAAAAUCAACACAUGGAAGAGACGGAGAAUGAAGAAAUGGAUGUGGAGUAG